AUGAUGGCACAGCAACCUCCAAAUAGCUCGGUACCACUAUCACAAAUCGAAAAGAGCGUGACGCACUUGCUCGUCGCGACCAAACAGCUACUCGAGACCCUAACGCAAUGGUCCCGGGGCCAGGCCACCGAUGGCCAGGUAUCUGAUGUGUACGUCCGCCUCGGUUACGAAUUCAAUAUGGCUUGUCGCGCCUUUUCUGCCAUCAAUGUCGACACAUCAGAUCUCGGAAACGUCCCCGAACUGCUCAGGCAUAUCCUCGAGGCCACUUUGAGCCAAGAGGCGAGCACCGAGAGCCUGGAAAACUACCUACCGAGGAUACGUGACAUCAUAAUAAAUCUUCUCCAUGGCCUCAAGCGGAAACAGCAGAAGCUGCGGCAGAAAACCGCUCGAGAUCGGGAAAGUGGGAGCACAGGCAGCGUCGGGUCCCUACCAGAGAGGUCAACGAGCACCAACACCAUGUCAAGCAUGGGGAGUGGUCUAACGUCGAUGCUCGACGACGGCCUUUCUAACGACUAUCGCGACUCGCAGUCCUCUCCAGCUAAGAACCGCUUACCUCCGCAGAGGGAUGAUACGCGUGGCUCCACAAACUCGGCCAUGUCGAACAACGCGAUGCAAGGUGGCGGCCUCGCAGCACCUCCCUACCCGGAGAAUGGCGGGAUCCCCUCGAACACGUCUGCGCCCGGGGACUUUAGCAUCGACAACUUUCCCCGCCGCCUCCUCCUCCGCCAUCCCCUCCACCGAAACCGUCUUCGGGCCAGCGAGCUCUCGCAGCGCUCCAAAAGGUGGGGAGCUGGAGAGGAGGGCAUCGAGGCGUUACUCUCAGUUCCAACUUGCUCGACAUCUCGGGGCUCCUGCGGUGCCUCUCCUACCCACCGGCGCGCUUCCGAUCCCGAACCGUGA